GAUAAGCCCCGGAUUCAGACGCACAAUGAAGGAGGCGUGCGCGAGGCUGGGAUCACCGGUAUCGAUCAAAUUUCAAGCUCUGGAGCACACACAUUGCAUCCCAACCCACGACCACAGCGCUUAAACAGGAGAAGUGAUUGACGGUUUUCCUCGGAGUGAACACAAAGACCCUGCGUGCCGAGUGCGCUGGAUCCGCCCUUUACGCACACAGUGCCUGGAUUUCUUUGGUGACUUUACCCCCUGCAGAUCUGAUUCAUGACAAGACAAGGCGUCCAUUUACAACUUUUUUGAGGAACUUAGCAUUUUCCCCCCCAUAAAUCCAAGGACCUCAUCUUUGGUUCAGGAAUUAUGAUUCUCCGAAAAUGUCACUUGGGGCUGGUCCUUUUGUUUCUGUGCGCCUCCGCCAUCGAUCCAGACGAGCCGGUGGAGGACGUGACUGUGUUUGACUUAUUCGAAAGCAGUGGAAUCACACAGAGGACCAUCGGGGUGAAACUGUUCCGAGGCCCGGACCCCGAUACCCCGGCGUAUCGCUUCAUCCGCUUCGACCAGCUUCCGUCAGUCAAACCGCAAAUUCUAGAGCAGCUCGUGCAACAAAUUCAGAACAACGAGGGCUUCACCUUGACGGCGUCGCUGCGUCAAGACCGUGCGUCCCGCGGCACUCUGCUCUCCAUCGAUGGUCCCGGCGAGCGCCGGCAGUUUGAGGUGCUUUCUGACGGCAGAGCUAAUACGCUCGAGCUGGUGUACUGGUGGGCCGACGGCUCGCGCAACGUCAUCGCAUUUGAGGAUGUGGAGCUGGUGGACUCGCAGUGGAAAAACGUCACGUUGCAUGUGCACGGAGAGACGGCCACGCUGUACGUGGGCUGCAGCCUCAUCGACAGCUUCAUUCUCGACGAACCUUUCUACGAGCACCUGCGCGCCCCGGGUGGACGGAUGUACGUGGCUAAAGGAGCUAGCCGCGAGACACAUUUUAGGGGGCUGCUGCAGAAUGUGCAGUUUAUUUUUGACAUUCCGCUUGAGGAUGUGCUAGAGAGCCGAGGAUGUGAGCUGGCAAACACAGAGGAGCUGAAUACAGUGAGUGAGAGCGCUGAACAUGUGGAUGUUGCAUCCUCCAUUUCCACUAACUUGAUCAGCCCGAACACAGACCCCCCAACACAGAGCCCCUCUGAGAUGAUGUGUGAGCGUUCGUGUGAGGAGUUGGCCAACCUCUUCCAAGAGCUCAAGGGCCUUCGUGUUGUUGUUAGCAACCUCAUUGAUGGCUUGCAGAAAGUGACAGAGGAGAACACUGCUAUGCGUGAGGCUCUAAAUAAGAUACAGGAUCCAGUGCAGCAGAGUAUUUGCUGGCAGGAUGGACGACUGUUUGAGAAUAAGGAGGACUGGAUUGUGGAUAGCUGCACCAAAUGCACAUGCCAGGACGGGAAGGUAGUGUGCCGUCAGAUCACUUGCCCACCAGUAUCCUGUGCUAAUCCAUCCUUCAUUGAUGGGGAGUGCUGUCCUGUUUGCCUUCCAUUGGAAAGUGAGGACGGCUGGUCUCCAUGGUCAGAGUGGACUCAGUGUACGGUUACCUGUGGCAGCGGAACGCAACAAAGAGGCAGAUCAUGUGACGACACCAGCAACACAUGCUCUGGCCCCUCGAUCCAGACUCGGAGGUGUAGCUUAGGAAAAUGUGACCGCAGAGUUCGUCAGGAUGGUGGUUGGAGUCUGUGGUCGCCCUGGUCUUCAUGCUCAGUGACAUGUGGGGAAGGGUUGAUCACUCGCAUCCGCCAUUGUAACUCGCCUAUUCCACAGCGAGGAGGUAAAGACUGCGAUGGCGAAGGACGAGAGACACAGAGCUGCCAGGCUAAGCCCUGCCCAAUUGACGGUGGCUGGGGCCCGUGGUCACCCUGGCCAAUCUGCUCAGCUACAUGUGGUGGGGGUCUGAAAAGUCGUGAGAGGGAGUGUAAUAGCCCCGCUCCACAGCAUGGGGGCCGGAAAUGCAUGGGCGAUGCUAUUGAAAAUGAAGUGUGCAACAAACAGGAGUGCCCCAUUAAUGGUUGCCUUUCAAAUCCUUGCUUCGGGGGAGUGGAGUGCAGCACUGCCGCUGAUGGCUCUUGGGAAUGUGGGCCUUGUCCACCAGGUUACCGUGGUAAUGGAACUUUCUGUGAAGAUGUGAAUGAGUGUGAUAUGGUAUCAGAUGUGUGUCAUAAAGUGGGCGGGUUUCAGCAGUGUGUGAAUACAGACCCAGGAUUUCACUGCCUGCCCUGUCCUCCACGUUACAAAGGCUCUCAGCCCUAUGGCCUUGGAGUGGAGUCAGCUAAAACAAAUAAACAGGUGUGUGAACCUUACAACCCAUGUAAAGACAAUACCCACAGUUGCCAUAAGAAUGCUGAGUGUAUUUUCCUCAGCCACGUAACAGAACCUAUGUACAAGUGCGAGUGCCGCAUUGGUUAUGCUGGAGAUGGCAUUAUAUGUGGAGAGGACUUUGAUCUCGAUGGAUGGCCCAAUCAGGAUCUUGUGUGUGGAGCCAAUGCUACAUACCAUUGCAAAAAGGACAACUGCCCAACACUUCCCAACUCUGGCCAAGAAGAUCUUGACAGUGAUGGACAGGGAGAUGCCUGUGAUAAGGAUGAUGACAAUGAUGAAAUUGUGGAUGAACGGGAUAACUGCCCACUGAUGUACAAUCCUCGUCAGUAUGACUAUGAUAAAGAUGCUGUAGGGGAUCGGUGUGAUAACUGCCCCUAUGAGCACAACCCUGCUCAGACUGACACAGACAACAAUGGCGAAGGAGAUGCCUGUGCGAUCGACAUUGAUGGAGAUGAGAUUCUGAACGAGAAAGACAACUGUCCCUAUGUUUAUAAUACUGACCAGAAAGACACAGAUUUGGAUGGUGUUGGGGACCAGUGUGAUAACUGCCCACUCAUCCACAACCCACAGCAGACGGAUGCGGAUAACGAUUUGAUUGGAGACCAGUGUGAUAAUAACCAGGACAUAGAUGAGGAUGGCCAUCAGAAUAACCUGGAUAACUGUCCCUAUAUUGCCAAUGCUAACCAAGCAGACCAUGACAAUGAUGGUAAAGGAGAUGCCUGUGAUCAUGAUGAUGACAAUGACGGAAUUCCUGAUGACCGGGACAACUGCAGGCUCGUGGCUAAUCCAGAUCAGGUUGAUACAAACGGAGAUGGCCGUGGUGAUGCCUGUAAAGAUGACUUUGACAACGACAGCAUUCCUGACCUCUUCGACGCUUGCCCAGAGAACAAUGGCAUCAGUGUUACAGACUUCAGGAAGUUUCAGAUGGUGCACCUGGAUCCCAAGGGAACCCUUCAGAUCGACCCCCACUGGGUGGUGAGAAACCAGGGCAAAGAACUGGUUCAGACUGCUAACUCUGACCCUGGAAUUGCAGUUGGCUAUGAUGAGUUCAAUGCCGUGGAUUUCAGCGGAACCUUCUAUGUGAACACGGAUCGAGAUGAUGACUAUGCAGGCUUUGUGUUUGGCUAUCAGUCCAGUCGACGCUUCUAUGUGGUCAUGUGGAAACAGAUAACACAGACCUACUGGGAGGACAAGCCAUCGAAGGCCUUUGGUAUCUCUGGAGUAUCACUCAAAGUUGUCAACUCCACCACUGGCACUGGAGAGUAUCUGCGCAAUGCCCUCUGGCACACAGGCAACACUAAAAACCAGGUACGAACACUUUGGCAUGAUCCAAAGAACAUUGGCUGGAAAGACUACACGGCUUACCGCUGGCAUCUUAUCCACAGACCCAAGACUGGUUUCAUUAGGGUUGUAGUGUACGAAGGCAAGCAGAUCAUGGCAGACUCUGGGCCUAUCUAUGACAAGACAUUUGCUGGUGGUAGACUAGGGUUGUUUGUCUUCUCUCAAGAGCUUGUCUUCUUCUCUGACCUUAAAUAUGAAUGCAGAGGUGAGAGCCAAUGAUUGAGAAAGCACAGUUUAUUUGGAUAUUUAGUGCAAUGUUUAAUUACUUUAUUAACAUGGAGGGUGUUUUUGGUUGUUUUACAGACAACUGAUUUUGUUACUUUACACCUCCUGCCAUUGAAAUCCAAACUCAGAACAAGCGUUUUAGACCAGUCUUCUGAGAACAUCUGCAGUGUUUUUCCACUUUAUUAGAAUGCACAGAUUUAUGAACUCCAGGGGCCUUCGACAGUGAAACUGACUCCAUUUUGGACACCCAAGAUAAGAGUUAAAGUUACUACAUUCCAAUGUAUUUUUUUUAAGUGCCUCUCUCAGCUUUGUUGCACAAUUACCCUUCAUGAUACCAAUUAAGUCCUGUCUUCUUGAAUAUAAACCUAAGGGUUUGAAUAUUAUCAAUUUUUUAUGUAGUCAUGUAGUCAUUUCAAAUGUGUUAUAGUAGUCAUUUUUAAGAGUAGGUUUUGCAUUGGUUACACGUGUUGAUUUGAGAUGUAUGAUAUUCAGAAUAAUACUGUUUCUGUUGUAACUUAUUUUUCUGUGGUGCAAGUUUAUGAAUUAACAAGUUGUUUUUGCUUUUGCCAAAAAAAAAUUGUAAAUACUUAUUUAUUAGUUUUCACAGACAUUAAAAUUCACAAAUGAAUUGUAAAAAUCUUAUACUUUUACCUCUAAAAUGUAUUCCCUACUAGACAUUAAAGUAUCUGAGUUAUAGUUCUUAACAUUAGUGAACCAUUAGACGUGUUUGUGUUCGUUCCUUUACUUAAACACUCUUUAAAUUCAGCAUUUUUAUGGCCAAGGAAUUCCCUCAAAUUUUUCAUGUCUAUUGAACUUGACCUAAAAGUAAUUUCAGAGGUUUGCAGUGGUAGAGGUUGGAUGUGUUUAUUUAACAGAAUGAUAUCUGGCAAGAGCAAAAAAAAAAAAAAAAAAAAGAUAUAUAAUGUGUUUGUACUUGAAGCUAAUGUGAAUAUACGGUAUAUAGAUUGACAAAUUAAAGGAAAACCAACACAAAGUAUCUUUGUAUAAAGUGUCUUUCCUUUAAUUUGUAACAUGUCUCUAUGUGUGGUUGGAAGUGGUAUACUGCUCCAGUGAUAGAGUGACAUGAUGACAUGAUGAUUCAACACAGAUUAGUGUAGUUGGUGGUAGUGGUGUUUGGUGUAGUUGGAGAUGAAUGAAAAGCCAAAUGAAUCUCACGCAGCACAUAUCUCACUUUUCCACCAGCAUCAUAAAGCCAUUUAUAAUAAAGGAUAGCCUGAUAGCUGAUCAUGUGGAGUCACUUCUCUCAUCUAUUUUUGUUCAAAGCACUAGUAGAUGUCACAGAUCGUACUUGCAGUAAUGAACCACUAGAAGUAAAUAAAAUAAAAAACAGUAGGCUAACCAAGUUCGUGCUUCAAUGUCAACAAUAUCCAUCACAUAGAAUCCAAAAUAAAUUUUUUUUUAGUUCUGUGAGUCAUAGUGAAGUAUCAUGUUCUUUUUUUUAAUAUAAUGAACAACAUUAAACUCAUUAAAAAAAAGGAACUAAAUGACUGAUCCAUCAUCAGUGGGUCUUUAACUUUUCUGCAUGUAUACCUACAAUGCCUUAACCAGUUUCAUAUUUUGUAUCACAUUCCAGUUCCUCUACAUUGUAGAGCUGAAUGUUGUCUUUUUUUAUGGAUCUUAAAGCAAA